GGAAGAGGAAGAGGAGGAGGAGGAGGAAGAGUUUAAUUAGAGAAGUUAAAGUGAUGAACACAAAUAGACGGAAAGAAGCGCCGACAUGAUCGCCCAGCUCACGUUGUUCUGCUUCUUCUCCCUCUGUCUGCAGGGUGCAGACAGCUGCUACCGUGAGGACGUCAUGUCUCAGUUCAGAGCAGCCGGAGAAAACUUCUCCUUUUUAUGCCUUCAUCACCUCCCUGGAACCUGGAAGAUCUUCUGCAGGGAUGACUGUGAGGGAGAAAACGUCCUGAUCAAAACGCAGGCAGACUCAGCUCAAAGCGGUCGAUUCAGCUCAGAGUAUCGAUCCAGUCAGAUACUGGUUGUUUCCAUCUCUCCCCUGACCAAGUCUGACUCUGGAACGUACCGCUGCGGGACCGGCGCCUCGGUGUCUGCAGCUUCAUUCACAGAGUUUGAACUCAGAGUCACAGACGCGGUGCUGGAUAGACGCAGCGGGCCGCAGCAGAAGCGAGUGUCUGCAGAACCCGGCAGCUCCGUCACCGUGGCCUGUUGGUUUGCUUUCUCUGGUGGGACGAAGUAUUUCUGCAGAGGAGACUGUGGAGGAAACGCUCUGGUCCAGACGGCAGGAGAAUCCGCUCACAGCGGCAGGUACAGCAUCCAGCAUGAAAGAAAAUUAUCUGCUGAGGGAGUUCUGCUGGUCACCAUCACUGAGCUGACCCAGUCCGACUCCGGGCGGUACCGCUGUCAGCAGGACGGACCCAACACUGCAUUCACAGACUUUGACAUCACCGUCACACCGGCCGUUCAGCCAUCAACCUCCAGACCAGAAACCACUCAGAUGUCUGCUUCCUCUCAUCAACCUGCACAAAUUCAGGUUCCACUCAGCCACCACACCAGAAACAAAAAUCUGAAUUCCCUCAUCAGCAUCACUCAGCCUGAUGUUCCUGUGGUUGUUGGUGUGACUCUGGCUGCCAUGAUGGUUCUGAUCCCAGCAGCUCUGCUGGUUUCCUGCAGGAGAAGAUCUCUGAGAGGUUUGAGGACCAGAGGAGGCUUGAAUGGUUCAGUCACUGAGACUCUCACCCAUGAGAGCUGCGAUCCAGAGGAUCCAGAGGAUCCAGAGGAUCCCACCUACCAGAGCCUCCACCCGUCCAGCCGGGACCAGAACCAGAUCUACUCAGAACUCACUCAACCCAAAUGAGAAGCUGGACCUCAGCAGCUUGCUCACUGAUACUGAAAUAUAAAGCGCUGAAAGACAAAGUAACAUUUAAAAUGUCUGAAGAAGUUAAUUGAUCAUUCAAAUGAAUCAAUGUUUUCUGAAAUUAAAUCAGGAUUUUCUGUUUUUAGGUUAAACUGUUUAUUUCAGCACUUUAACUCAUUUAUUCUAACUGAGACCCAAUCAACCAGAACUUUGACCAUAUGCAACUUAUACAAUGCUGUUUUAUGUAUUUGUAUUUUUUUAAACAAUAUCUGCAGCUUUAAAGCAAAAAUAAAUAUUCUGUUACCAUGUUUGGUACUCCAUUA